AUGGGCCGCAGCAGGCAGUUGACACAGCUGAGGAGUGAGUGAGGAGAGAAAUCGUGUGAGAUCAACCAGGGAAUGACAGAAAUGUUAAAAAAUAAACAAAAUGAGGAGGAGACGAGACGGAGACGGGAGAGGCUCCAGGCCGUCACUGUACAUCAGCACAUAUGGGCCUCUCAGGAGCAGCUGUGAAUGUCAUGCUCACACUUAAACACGACCGCAUCACAGCUGCUCAUGGGAAAAGGGCAUGUUGUUUUUCGAGCGUUUUUUCACUCCUCUCUCGAGCACGUAAUCACCCUCAAGUGGCAGCAGGAUGAUGCAACACAUACCAUCUCCAUGCAAUGUCAAAUGUUCUCUCCAUACGAAUAACUUAAAGCUUCAACAUGGCAGUCAGUCCAAACGUGACAGAAUGUGCCCGUGUGUUACAUUAGCCAUGAAGUCUGAGCCAACUUAAUCCAAUCAAUUACACUGUGGUUCUUUUUUAUUGAGCAGAGGAUAUAUUUGAUCAGUGUGAAGGCUGUUUGGAUUAAUUAGUACUUUGAGCUUUGUGGUAACAUCUGCAUACCAACCUGCUCACAAUAAUGGCAUUAGCAUGUGCAGAAUGUUCUAGUUUUUACUCAUAUUCCCAUAAAAGCACAAUCACUACAAGGCCUAUCACAGGGGCUGAUACACAUAUAAGGGUGUCCUGGUACAACUUUUUUACUUCCGAUUCAAUACUGAUAUUGUAGCCUUCAGUAUCGGCCAUAGUGCUGGACGAUAAUUCGAUAACAAUAUAUAUCGAUCGAUAGACGUGUGGUGCGAUAGGAAAAAAACGGGUCGAUAAAAAGUUCGAUAGAAAAGCACAGUUUCCCUUUCUUUUUCAUCAUAGCCUAUCAUGUAGCUUUUACUACAGUCAUUACUUCCUCCCAACCAAUCACAAACGCAGACCCAGGUACGCUACGGCACCAAGCCCAACCCCUAUCAAACCACAACAGACAGCACGUGUAUUAGAAAAAAUGAUACAGCAAGGAGAAGCGGAGGACAUUGUCCCGAAAAAAGGUUUCAGUAGUUCUCCAGCAUGGCAAUGUUUUGGUUUUUAGAAGUCUGACAAGAAGCGAACAGCGGUCGUUUGCAAAAUUUGCAGAGAAUUAGUAAAAACCAAGUCUGGUAACACAACCAACUUGUUUUACCAUCUAAACCGAUCGCACCCGCAGGAGUACGAGCUGUGUCGGUCGCGCCGCGGCUCCACGUCGUCGGAGGAGGAAUCCUCUGGAGCCGCUGCCAGCACCAGCCCAAAGCAAGUGAAGCAGACCAAACCGGACUUCGUUUCUUGCCAAAAUGCGACAGAGCGUCCGAGCGGCAUAAGGACAUCACCCAUGCAGUAACAUGCUCCAUAGCGAGGGACAUACUGCCAAUAACUACCGUUGAAAAGCCUGGCUUCGACCAGCUUCUAGCCACUCUCGACCCGCGAUAUGAAGUGCCCGGCCGCAAGUAUGUCUCAAACACAGCGCUUCAGGCAUGA